GCGCUGUGCUCCAGUUUAUUUCAGUGAGCUGCCAGGCGAGGCGAGUGGAGAAAGAAGUGCGACAGGAGCUCCAUCGCCGGGAUAAAAGCUCGCAGGAACAUGCCGUUCCGCUCCCUACUCCAUCUCCCGAAAGGCCUGUGAGUGUCUGAAAGCCACCCACCGUCUCUUCGGAAGAAUCCCCCGCCGCCGACCCGCUCCGGCCAGGCAAUGACAGCGGCCUCGGCAACACCGCAGCAGUUGAGAGACCGGCUGCUGCAGGCCGUUGAUGGCCAGAGCAACCAGAUCUGUAACAUGGUGGCAGUAAUGGAAGUAAUCUCCAGUUUGGAGAAAUAUCCCAUCACCAAAGAAGCACUUGAGGAAACUCGACUAGGGAAGCUCAUCAACGAUGUAAGGAAAAAGACCAGCAAUGAUGAUCUUGCCAAGCGUGCCAAGAAGCUGCUGCGGAACUGGCAGAAACUUAUUGAGCCCGGUCAGAGCGAAACCGUGCCAAAAGGGGCGUCUGGCACGCCGGGCUCUGCUAACGGGGGAGCUCACCCAUGCAGGCAGGAUAUCCCACCUCCCAGUGCCACGACUGUGUCUAAACCAGUGCAGGAACUGAGAAACAGAAAUGACAUUCAAAACACAUGCUCUUCCAAAGUGGAGAAAUUGGGGAACCGCAAACGAAAGGGAGAGCAAAGAGACAGUCCCCUUCCGCUGAAAAUGUCCAAGUCAAACUAUGAACAGAUCCAGAAUUCUACCCCUCCCCCUACCAACGGUAUCAGCGGCAGUCCGGAACCUUUCCCCAGUCCUCUGGAUGCCAACACGCUUUCUGAGAGGACCAGGUUGGAACAUCAGGAGAACGACAAACACAAUAAAAUCCCAGUCAAUGCUGUGAAACCUCACACCAGCUCCCCAGGACUUGUGAAACUGCCAAGCACUUCCUCUUUGCUCAAGACUGCAGUAUUGCAGCAGCAUGCAAAAAAGGAUGAAGGAGGAGGGCAAUACCAGCCUAAAAGCCCACGAUGCCCCUCUUUCAGUCCUAGAAGUAUUAAGCAAGAGACUCUGGCUAAGCGGCCGACCACGUAUGCACCUAAAGGUACUGUUUCAAGCCCAUCUCGAGGAUCUAAAUUCCUGGACACCUCACAUGUGCCAUCCCCACAGCCUUUACCUUCUCAGACUUCAACUCCCCCUAUUCCAGUGAAUGAGAUAAACAAGACUCCUGCACCGGAGCAUUGGCCUGGGAAGAUGGAUCUGGAUGCCCAUCCUCUGUACAACACCCCACACGAAUCCCCACACGGCUCCCGAAUAUCCCAUAUCCUGGAAUGUACAAUUCCUCAAAGUCUCUCCUCUGAAAGAAUAGACAGCGAUAACGCAGCUUCAGGCUCCGACGGGAAAAGGAAGAAGAAAUACAGAUCCAGAGACUACACUGUAAACUUGGACGGACAGCAGGUCGUAGAAGAGAGCACAAAACCAGUCAGGUUAAAAGAACGAAAGCUUACCUUUGACCCGGUUACAGGCCAGAUCAAGCAUUCGACGCAAAAAGAUUCUUUCCAGGUGGAAGAAUCACUCCCACCGCCACCACCAGCCCCACAGCCGGAGCCGCCCAGGACAGAACCGACUAAGCAGGAACCCAACGCCCCCCUGCCCAGUCCCUUUCAACAGACAAACUGGAAAGAGCUGUCCAGAAACGAAAUCAUUCAGUCAUACCUGAACAGACAAAGCAGUCUGCUCUCUUCGUCCGGGACGCAGACUCCAGGCGCUCAUUUUUUCAUGACAGAAUAUUUGAAACAGGAGGAAAAUAACAUUAAAGAAUCUCGAAAGACUCACGUUUUAGUACCAAACAGCUCCCAUGACUUCCCUGGGGCUAGUCGGGAGGUCACGCAGGAGGACCUCCAUAGAAUACACCAGCAGAACUGGCCUGGCGUCAAUGGCUGUUCUGAUACGAAAGGUAACUGGUAUGAUUGGACACAGUGCAUAUCUUUAGAUCCACACGGUGACGAGAGUAAACUAAAUGUAUUGCCGUACGUCUGCUUAGACUGAACACAAUCUCGUUUAUGUUUUUUUGUAACACUUCAGAAAUAAAGCCCUUACAGGCUGCAUGCCCAAGAGGAGGUGAGCCUGGCACGCCAAGGCCGACAGCAAAGGGAAUGGAGGGGCUGCUCUGUACAACUCCGAUACAAACCCCUCUGCUGCUACCAACUUACUAAACUACAAGCAGGGUUACAAUAGCUUUGGAAAUAGAAGUUGGUCCAGCCAGUUCUGAAAAAAAGGAAUAAUCUAGCCUGCAAGCUAGGUGGGGGUGAAAACUAGAAUUGUGAAAUCAGUAGUGUGGCAGGUAAAGCUUUAUGUCAAAAUGAAUAAAGAAGUUACCUUAACAA